UGGGGCGAGGCCGGCGUCGCUGCCCGGGCUGGUUGGGGCUGUGUCUGUGGGAGGCGCUGGGGUGAUGGCGGUGGAGACUCUGUCCCCUGACUGGGAGUUUGACCGCGUUGACGACGGCUCACAGAAAAUUCAUGCUGAAGUCCAACUUAAGAAUUAUGGAAAAUUUCUUGAGGAAUAUACAUCUCAAUUGAGAAGAAUCGAGGACGCGCUGGAUGAUUCAAUUGGAGAUGUUUGGGAUUUCAAUCUUGAUCCUAUAGCGUUAAAGCUUUUGCCUUAUGAACAGUCUUCCCUUUUGGAACUGAUAAAGACUGAAAACAAGGUCUUAAACAAAGUCAUCACUGUUUAUGCUGCACUUUGUUGUGAAAUCAAGAAAUUAAAAUAUGAGGCUGAAACUAAGUUUUACAAUGGGCUCUUGUUUUAUGGAGAAGGAGCUACAGAUUCCAGCAUGGUGGAAGGUGAUUGCCAAAUUCAAAUGGGGAGAUUUAUUUCGUUCUUACAGGAACUGUCUUGUUUUGUUACGAGAUGCUAUGAAGUGGUGAUGAAUGUAGUCCAUCAGUUGGCCGCCCUCUAUAUCAGUAACAAGAUUGCCCCCAAAAUUAUAGAGACAACUGGAGUUCAUUUUCAGACUAUGUAUGAGCACUUGGGAGAACUGCUGACAGUUUUGCUCACUCUGGAUGAAAUUAUUGAUAAUCAUAUCACACUGAAAGACCACUGGACUAUGUACAAAAGGUUACUGAAGUCUGUACAUCACAACCCUUCCAAAUUUGGAAUUCAGGAAGAAAAACUAAAGCCAUUUGAAAAGUUCUUGUUAAAACUAGAAGGGCAGUUACUUGAUGGCCUGAUAUUUCAGGCUUGUAUAGAACAACAGUUUGAUUCUCUCAACGGUGGAGUAUCUGUGUCAAAGAAUAGCACUUUUGCUGAAGAAUUUGCACAUAGUAUUCGCUCAAUUUUUGCAAAUGUAGAAGCCAAACUUGGAGAACCUUCUGAAAUUGACCAGAGAGACAAGUAUGUUGGAAUUUGUGGACUCUUUGUACUGCACUUUCAAAUUUUUCGAACUGUUGAUAAAAAGUUUUAUAAGUCUUUGUUGGAUAUUUGUAAGAAGGUACCAGCCAUCACAUUAACUGCUAAUAUUAUUUGGUUUCCUGAUAAUUUUCUGAUCCAGAAAAUACCAGCAGCUGCCAAACUUCUAGACAGAAAAAGUCUUCAAGCCAUUAAAAUACACAGGGAUAGUUUCUUACAGCAGAAAGCUCAAUCACUUACCAAAGAUGUACAGUCUUACUACGUCUUUGUGAGCUCAUGGAUGAUGAAAAUGGAAUCUAUUUUAUCUAAAGAGCAGAGAAUGGAUAAAUUUGCCGAAGACCUCACCAAUAGAUGUAAUAUUUUUAUACAGGGCUUCUUAUAUGCAUAUAGUAUUAGUACUAUUAUUAAAACCACGAUGAAUCUCUACAUGUCCAUGCAAAAGCCAAUGACCAAAACCUCAGUUAAGGCAUUAUGCAGGCUUGUUGAACUUCUGAAGGCAAUAGAGCAUAUGUUCUACAGAAGAAGCAUGGUUGUGGCUGAUUCAGUUGCACAUAUAACACAGCACCUUCAACACCAGGCUCUUAAUUCUAUUUCUGUAGCCAAGAAAAGAGUAAUUUCUGACAAAAAAUACAGCGAACAGCGUCUUGAUGUGCUCUCUGCUCUAGUUUUGGCUGAAAAUACUCUAAAUGGACCAAGCACAAAGCAACGGCGACUUAUCGUUUCUUUGGCACUAAGUGUUGGCACACAAAUGAAAACAUUCAAAGAUGAAGAACUCUUUCCACUUCAAGUAGUCAUGAAAAAACUGGAUCUUAUCAGUGAACUUAGAGAACGGGUUCAGAUACAGUGUGACUGUUGUUUUUUAUACUGGCAUCGAGCAGUCUUCCCAAUUUAUUUAGAUGAUGUAUAUGAAAAUGCCGUUGAUGCAGCUAGAUUACAUUACAUGUUCAGUGCUUUACGAGACUGUGUGCCGGCUAUGAUGCAUGCAAGGCAUUUAGAGUCCCAUGAGAUUCUCCUGGAUUGCUAUGACAAGGAAAUUAUGGAAAUUUUAAAUGAGCAUUUGUUGGACAAGUUGUGCAAAGAAAUAGAGAAGGAUCUGAGACUUUCUGUGCAUACUCAUUUAAAGCUGGAUGACCGGAACCCUUUCAAAGUUGGCAUGAAAGACCUGGCUCUUUUUUUCUCUCUAAAUCCAAUUAGGUUUUUCAAUCGCUUCAUUGACAUUCGAGCUUAUGUAACUCACUACCUAGACAAGACUUUCUACAAUCUCACAACAGUAGCCCUUCAUGAUUGGGCCACGUACAGUGAAAUGAGAAAUUUAGCUACUCAACGUUAUGGAUUGGUUAUGACAGAGGCACAUCUUCCUAGUCAGACUUUGGAACAGGGCCUUGAUGUUUUGGAAAUCAUGAGAAACAUUCAUAUAUUUGUGUCUCGAUACCUCUAUAAUCUCAACAAUCAGAUUUUUAUUGAACGAACAAGCAAUAACAAACAUUUGAAUACUAUUAAUAUUCGGCAUAUUGCUAAUUCAAUUCGAACACAUGGCACAGGAAUCAUGAAUACCACAGUUAAUUUCACUUACCAAUUUUUGAAAAAGAAGUUCUAUAUAUUUAGCCAGUUUAUGUAUGAUGAACAUAUCAAGUCCAGAUUGAUUAAAGAUAUUCGGUUUUUCAGGGAAAUCAAGGACCAAAAUGAUCAUAAGUAUCCUUUUGAUAGAGCAGAAAAAUUCAAUCGAGGCAUCAGAAAACUUGGAAUAACACCAGAGGGACAGAGCUAUCUUGAUCAGUUCAGGCAACUCAUCAGCCAAAUUGGUAAUGCUAUGGGCUAUGUACGAAUGAUAAGAUCUGGUGGUCUUCAUUGUAGCAGCAAUGCCAUUAGAUUUGUGCCUGAUCUUGAAGAUAUUGUAAACUUUGAGGAACUAGUGAAAGAAGAAGGUCUUUCAGAAGAAACAUUAAAAGCAGCAAGGCAUUUGGACUCGGUCCUCAGUGAUCAUACACGAAAUUCUGCUGAAGGCACAGAAUAUUUCAAAAUGCUUGUAGAUGUUUUUGCUCCAGAAUUUCGAAGGCCAAAGAAUAUACAUCUCCGAAAUUUCUAUAUCAUUGUUCCUCCUCUAACUCUCAACUUUGUAGAGCAUUCCAUUAGUUGCAAGGAAAAAUUGAAUAAAAAAAAUAAAAUUGGAGCAGCCUUUACUGAUGAUGGUUUUGCCAUGGGUGUGGCUUACAUCCUAAAGCUUUUGGAUCAGUACCAGGAGUUUGAUUCACUUCACUGGUUCCAGUCUGUUAGAGAGAAAUACCUGAAGGAGAUAAGAGCAGUUGCUAAGCAACAGAACAUACAAUCAGCUAGUCAAGAUGAAAAACUAUUGCAAACCAUGAACCUCACUCAGAAGCGACUGGAUGUCUAUCUACAGGAAUUUGAAUUGCUCUAUUUCUCACUGAGCAGUGCAAGAAUUUUCUUCAGAGCAGACAAGACUGCAGCUGAAGAGAACCAAGAAAAGAAAGAAAAGGAAGAAGAAACUAAAACAAGCAAUGGAGACCUGUCUGACUGCACUGUGUCUACUGAUCCUGUUGUGAAGUGAUAUUGAUGACACAGGGUUUCACAGCGUUGCGUAGUGCCUCGCUUUUGCUGAGGCUGGCUUUGAACUUGUGAUCCUCCUGCCUCAGCCUCCUGAGCCACUGGGAUUACAGGUAUGUGCCACCAUGCCUAGCAACUUUAAAAAUCUUGGCACUAUUCUCUUUUCCAGCUUCAGGUUGCAGAAGUUUCAGAUGUCUGUCACCCCGCUACUCCUUGGUAUUGAUGCACCAUUUUAUUGAACUAUUUUCCUGUCAGUGGAGAUUAACAUUAUUUAUUUGGUUUGCCACUAAAGUCAAUGCAAACCACAAUUUACAUAUGCUCUUGGUAUAAGGAUCUUGGAUGUGAUAUUACCCUACUUGCAGGCUACCACGUUUGAUUGCCAUGAUGUCAUGGAUGCUGACCAAAGGGACAAUAAUGCAGGCAAUAUGAGCACCAGCGUAUUUUCAUCAGUCCCCCUUUCCCUUAAAUUCCAUAGGGAAAUGUUUCGUGGAUCCUGACAGAUGCUUUAAUGCCUAGGGGCUUUGUUACUCCUGAAGACCACCGAGUUUAGGAAAUCCAUGACUUAUAUAGCAAAUAGUAAAAAAAAAAAGCCUGCUCUGUGUACUGGAGGAAGAUACUUCAUCCUUCAGGGUUGCUCAUUGCAGUUUUCCCAUCCAGUAUCAGCUCUUCUCUGGCUUAGGGAGAGCUGACAGGUACCUAGAAGUAUCUGUCUGUAUAAAAAUAAUUUUUAAAUAAAGCUUUUAGGUGUUAGGAACAAUUACAUAGGUUUUUAAGAUUUCAGAUAAAAAAGAGGAAUCUAGAGUAAGUAGAAAUCUAUAGAAAUUAGAUUGUACAAGGAACUCUUGAGAUGGUGAUGGCAAAGUUAUAGUUUAUAUAAAAGUAAAUUUUUACAUAUAGUACAGUAUAUAAAAAGUUUGGCCAGUAAGUAGUUUCCCUAUUUUGAUAGCUUACCUCUUCAUUACCACUUAAAACUAAGUGAUCUCUCGAGUUCCCAUUAGUGGAGAUAAAUUUCGCAGGAAUAUAGAUGAAAUUUAUCUUUCCAUUGAUUCAUGUCUGAUGUCAUAAUUCUGGGAUCAUCUUUAAGAACUAAAACAUUGUAUAAUGUAAGAUAUAUGUAAACUGAAGCAUUCUGUAGUAGUGCCCUCAUUAAGGAGGGGGGAAACUUUUAUACCUAGAAGUAUCUGUUGAUAUAAAAUCAAUUUUAAAGUAUUUAAACAAUUUUUGUAGAAAUAAAGAUACUUUGAUAUAGUUUCUGAAUAUCAGAAUAAUCUUCACAGCUUAGUACUAAGAAAUAUUUGGUAAUUGCUUAUCUCUGAGGUCAUAUACAUAACCCAUAGUGGUUAGAAGCAUACACUCCAAGGACAAACUGAUGUGAAUCUUGAUUUGCUGCCUGUGAGGUUAUAUAGGCACAAGAUGGGAUAAGGAGUUCAUGGGAUUUUGAGGAUUAAUUUAUAUAAAACACUUUAUAUUUUACAUUUUAGCUUUUAUAUGGCUUAUUGAUUUGUACUCUUAGGUAGAAAUGCAUUUGGUAUAUAAGUGUUAGCUGCUAUUAUCACUCUUUUAGGUGGAGUUUGAAAAGCAGUCUGUAUUUGACUGUGGCGAGUCUAGGUUCUUAGCUCAGUGACUAGGCUAGUUGUAAAUGUGAAGAAGGCCUUGCUCUUCUCUAAAAGCAGUCAUAAGAGGGCAGACUUAUGGGUAUGUGAUGGAGAAAUCCACAUGGAAAUCGAAACUGGUGAGGAUAGCUGGUUUUCUAAAAAGGUUCCAUUUCCUAUACUCCCACCAUUCAUUUGGCACUCAUUAAUUUUUCACAGGGCUUCUAUAUGCAUUAAUACACAAUUCAGUAAGUUGAGAAAAAGGGCAGAUCACCUGGUUUCUAAAUUAAAAUUUUUAUUUAAAAAUAUGUAUGUCCUAUUUAAAGAAUACUACUCGGGAAGUGACGGUGUUGGUUGAACAUUUGUUCCCACUUCCUCAGAGGCUCCCUCCCAGCAUUCCCCCAACUACUGUUCAGGGUUUGGUGGAAAUAGGUCUAUUGCUUUUGUUUAGUUUUAUCACCUUUCUGUAUUUUCCUAAAUAAUGUAGUGUUUUGCAUGUUUAUCCUUACCAUAAAUAGCAUCUUACACUGUAUGUUUUUAUGACUCUAGUAUGAUUUUUGAAAUGCAUGUUGGUGCAUAGCUAUAUCUUAUUUUUACUUCUCUAAUAUUGUUAGUGAUUGUAGAUGUUUAACCUACUGUACCACUGAUGACAUUGGGAUACUAUUGAACAUUCUGGCUGUAAUCACUGUUGUACAUGUCCUAGAGCAUGUGUUGAAACUGGUAAGUGGUGGGACAGGCACACUUUCAAAUUUACUAUAGACUGUCACACUGUUCUCUCAUUUCAGCAGUGGGUUAGACUCCCCAUUGCUCCUUUCCCUUCCAACAGCUAAAUAUUUGCAGUCUGUGGUUUUAAUUUGCACUUUCUAUUAUGAGAGAAUGAGCACAAUUCUGUUUGAGUCCUUUGUAGUUUUUAAUCUAUGAAAUGCUUUCAUGACUUUGUACGUUUUUAAAAUACUUGGGAGUAUUUUAUAUAUUCUGAAUAUUUGGUCUUGUA